GUAUAAUUUGUUAGUAAGUGCAGUCGGGUUGACAAGAAGUUUUGAGUGUUUUCUCUAGAAUUCCUUGGAAAUUCUUAUUGAUUUUAGAUAUUUUUACAGGUAAAUCAUAACCUCACAAUGUCCCGUCUUGGAAGAUUCCUCUUUUCCCGGACACCCUGGGCACGAAGACUUCCAGAAACUCUUCCUAGGCGUUCAAUGGCAACAGGGAACCAGCCCAAAAAGGCCAUUGGCCCAAUUACGUGGCGGAGCCUUGGGAUAAUCUCAAUUGCCGGGGCUGGUGUCAUGGGAUUCAUGUAUUACUUGAAACAGGAAAAAGAUAUGGCUUUGCUUAGGGAGCGAAAGAGGCAGUUGGGGAAGGCGGCAAUUGGUGGGAGAUGGGAACUUGUGGAUUGUGAGGGAAAGCCACGGAAAUCUGAAGAUUUCCGUGGUCAGUGGCUUUUGAUCUACUUUGGAUUUACUCACUGUCCUGAUAUAUGUCCUGAGGAGCUGGAGAAGAUGGCCAAAGUUGUGGAUCAAAUUGAUGAGACUAAAGAAGUACCCAAUAUUCAACCUCUGUUCAUCACUGUUGAUCCCGAGAGGGAUUCCAAAGAGACUGUAGGGAAGUAUGUGAAGGAAUUCUCGCCGAAAUUAUUGGGUUUGACGGGAACUGUUGAGCAAAUCCAGAAGGUUUGCAAAGCUUUUCGGGUUUAUUACAGUGCCGGACCUAAAGAUGUCGACGAUGAUUACAUUGUCGAUCACACGAUCAUCAUCUACCUGGUGGAUCCCAACGGAGAAUUUGUAGAUUACUACGGGCAGUCGAUGCAGGCGGAUCAGAUAACGACGUCCAUCAUGGUCAACAUGGCCAAGUUCAAGCAACUGAAUGAAAAAUCCUGGUUUGGGUGAUAUCCGCCCACUUUCGAGUACUUCAAAGUAGAAUAAGGGUUUAAAAAAAGGAAAAAAAAGUCGUGAUGUAACAUAUACAAAAAUGCAUUUUCACUUUUAUUUCCAUUCUCA